CCGAGCGGCUGUGAGGAGCUGGUGAAGUGGAGAGAGAGAGAGAGCGAACAACAGCAGCAGCAACGGCAGCAGCGGCUGAGGCGCUCAUACGUAGCCUGCUUUGCGCACUCACAGGAUUCUGUCCCGCUUUUGGAGAGCCCCAAUGCCCGGUCCCACCCAAGCAUUGUCCCCAAAUGGAGAGAAUAACAACGACAUCAUCCAAGAUAACGGAACGAACAUCAUUCCGUACAGGAAGAACACCGUGAGAGGCGAGCGCGCCUACAGCUGGGGGAUGGCGGUCAACGUGUAUUCUACCUCAAUAACCCAGGAGACUAUGAGCAGACAUGACAUCACUGCCUGGGUCAACGACAUCCUCUGCUUAAACUACACAAAGGUGGAGCAGCUGUCCUCAGGGGCGGCUUACUGCCAGUUCAUGGAUUUGCUGUUUCCUGGGUGCAUCAGCCUGAAAAAGGUGAAGUUUCAGGCGAAGCUGGAGCACGAAUACAUCCACAAUUUCAAACUGCUGCAGGCCUCCUUCAAGAGGAUGAACGUGGACAAGAUUAUUCCAGUGGAGAAACUGGUCAAAGGCCGGUUUCAGGACAACCUGGACUUUAUCCAGUGGUUCAAGAAAUUUUUCGAUGCCAACUAUGAUGGCAAGGAGUACAACCCAGUGCAAGCGCGGCAGGGGCAGGAUGCCAUCCCUCCACCUGACCCUGGAGAGCAGAUCUUCAACCUGCCCAAGAAGUCGCACCAUGCCGCCAGCUCACCCACUGCAGGUGCCACGCGGGCAGCUGCAGCUCCGAAGCCCUCCACACCGACAUCCCGACCAUCCUCCGCCAAGAAGAUCCCACCGCCAGCAGCAGCAGGGGCGAUGGCAGCCCCGGCCAAGGGCGAGAAAGAGCUGGAGGCUCAGGUGGUGCAGCUUAACGAGGAGGUCAACACGCUGAAGCUCGCCCUGGAAGGCAUGGAGAAGGAGAGAGACUUUUACUUUGGCAAGCUGCGAGAGAUCGAGCUGCUGUGCCAGGAGCAGGGCCAGGAUAGCGCUCAGUUUGUGGACCGGCUAAUGGAGGUCCUCUACUCCACGGAAGAGCAGGAGGGGGCAGCAGAUCCUGGGGAGGAAGCUGCCCAUGCAGCUCAGGAGGAAGAGGAGCCCCAACAGGAGGAGUACUGACUCCUCCACACCCCCCUCCCCCACCGUCCUUUGUUUUUGUGAGGACUGUUUUAAGCUUUUAUUUCACCACCCCUAUGCCCCCCCCCCCCCCCAUGAUCCAUCCCCAGCCGAUUUUUUUUCCUCUGAGGAUUGUACACGUAGAGUGGCUUGUCACGUGUGACCCCCCCCACCCCCCAGUGCAGCGUUUGUGUGCUCUUGUGCCUAUCGUUGGAGUACCCCCUGGUGUCCCCCUAUCAUUGGCCUCCAGGGGACAGAGGACAGUGUGGCUGCGUUCUGACCUGCAGUGCGUCACUCCACCUGUGACCUGUAGGGUUCUCGCGUGUCACAGAGACGUUCCCAGCUCAUCCCCAUCCUCUCGUUUUCACGACGUCUUGCAUAACGGUUCUGUUCAUCAUGUAUGAACGCAAUAAGUGUGGCCCUCGAAGGCCCCCUUCCCACCCCCCUCCCUCAGUGUCAUCAUGUUAGUGUAUCUUGUAGAACAAUGAGAAAUGAAUGAUUUGACUUUUUUACUUUAAGUAUACUGAAUGAGGAAGGCUGUGUGUACACUAGGCAUGCUCAUUUUCAUGUAAAUGGGGGAUUAUUUUGCAGCAGUUGAGGUAACAAUUCAACUUAGCUCGUAAGUUAGGUUUUGUUUUUUUUUUGUGACAGUUAUUACGAAUUCCAAGGAAUUGAAGUAUCAGUGAAGUCAAUGUAUAAGAGUUGCUUAUUUAAUUUUUAACAAGUCCAGGGAACGCUCACUGGGUACUGUAAUAUAAGUACAGUACAGCAGCAUGAUGCUGUUCCUCCGUACAUUUCCUAUAAUUAAACUCCAUUGCUCAUGUACCGCUUUAUUCAUAUAUUACUUGUAAAAUGGAAAGGAAUGUAAACAAAUGUACUGUUUAUAGGUAUAAAUAGCAAAAGAAAAAAAUAUUGGGGAUUUCCUUAGAUGCAAAACAUUUUCCUCGCAAUGUGCCAGUCAUUGCACCUUCCCCGCAAUCUGCUGCAUGUUAGUAUUUUAUUUUUUUGUCUUUGUGAAUAACGACCUGCUUUUAUCUUUUUACAUAUUUAAUAAAAAAACCGUUAAGUGAA